AUGAGCAAUGAAAAUCAUCACAACCCCCAUCAUUACUUUUACCAUCAGAAUCUGCACAUCCAUCACAGAAGCACAUUUCUGCCAAUGCUAUGUUCAAGGCCAUCCAUCAAAGAUGUGAGUCUUCCACAGUGGAAAGACCAUCAAGGAACCUUCUCCAAUGACCCUUUGUCCCCAAGAAUCGGUUGCAUGGGUCAGGUGAAGAGGCACAACAAAAUAGCUGGACUCCUCACAACCAAAAGUAACACCACCACCAUCUCCAUUUCCCCUUCUGUUAAGUAUUCUAAGCUCAAAAAGCUCUUCUCAGGAAAACACAUAAGCACCACCACCACCACUACUACAGCUCAUAUUCUCUCCAGCUGUGGAACUAGGCCACAUGUGGCUGUAAAUAGUGCAGCUAUUCCCAGAAACCAUAACCACAAGUGUAGUAGGAAUGAGAACAUUGUUCCCAUAAGCAUUGAAAAUAUGGAUCCUCCUUUACCUGUGAUCAAGAGAGUGCAGAAGCCAGAGGAAGAAAAACAGGUGGAUAGUCUUUGGAAAAGAAGAUCAGGUGGUGCUGCAUUGAAAAGUUUACAGCUUCAACAGACUCAUCACACAAGACAACAUCUUCAGCUUACUAGUGUAUGA